AUGGUGAGGUAUAAGACACACAUAAAGAGGGAAAGACAUGGUAUAAAGUGUAGUCGGUGCCACAAGGAUGGUCACAACAAGGCCACUUGUAAACUACCACAACCACAAGCUAGUUCAAGUCAGGUACAAGAUGUAACAAGUCAGCAACCAUCACAAGCUAAUACAAAUCAAUCACCGCCUAUUGCGACAAGUCAAUCACCAUCACAAGCUGUUACAAGUCAACCACCACUACCUGUUGCAACAAGUCAGCCGCUAUCACAAUCUAUUACAAGUCAACCACCAUCACAUGUUGUUACAAGUCAGCCAUCAUCCAAAACUAAGAAAAAACUUUAUAAGGGUGGAAAGCUUAUUCCAAGCAAACCAUGA